CGCUCAGAGGAAGCAGCUGUUCAUUUCAUGCUUUAACACUUGGCCACUACACACACACGUAGUGGGGAUGUUUGUGGAAUACCCCUGUAGAGAAACACACACUGGUUUCUGAACAUAUUUAUCUCAGCUAUGGUAUUUUGGAGAUCAAUCGUAAAUUAUUGAUGAAGGAACGGAAAUGGGAUCCGCUACUUUAAAAAAGGCAGCUUCAUUGGAUGAACUUCUAUACACAUGCAUUGAGAUGUUUGAUGACAAAGGGAAUGUUGACAGCAACCAGUUACCACGGAUUGUCCUGUUAAUGCAUCGAUGGUAUUUGCCUUCUACUGAACUUUGCGAAAAGCUUCUUUCAAUCUAUCAUAAUGCCAGUGGAGAGCACUGCAAUGAACAUCGAUUAAAGACAUGCUAUUUUAUAAGAUACUGGAUUUUAGAGUUUCCUGCAGAAUUCAAUUUGGAUUUGGGCUUGAUUCGACUGAUGGAAGAGUUCAGAGAACUAGCAUGCAAGCUGGGACAUGAAGAACAUAUUAGUCUUAUAGACAUCUCUACCAUCCCAUCAUAUGACUGGAUGCGAAGAGUCACACAGAGGAAAAAAACAUCAAAGAAGGGAAAGGUUUGUCUUCUGUUUGACCAUCUGGAGCCCGUUGAGUUGGCAGAGCACCUAACAUUUCUAGAAUAUAAAGCCUUUAGGAGGAUAUCAUUUACAGAUUACCAAAGCUACGUCAUCCACGGGUGCCUAGAGGACAAUCCAACCUUGGAAAGAUCGAUCGCUUUAUUUAAUGGGAUCUCUAAAUGGGUGCAACUUAUGGUACUCAGCAAACAAAGCCCACAGCAAAGAGCACAAGUUAUAACCAAAUAUAUUUACAUUGCACAGAAAUUACUUCAGCUCCAGAAUUUUAAUACGCUGAUGUCUGUGGUUGGUGGACUAAGCCACAGCUCCAUAUCCCGACUCAAAGACACUCAUGCCCAUCUCUGUGCAGAUGUUACAAAGGUCUGGAAUGAAAUGACUGAGCUGGUCUCAUCUAAUGGAAACUACUGCAACUAUCGAAAAGCAUUUGCCGAGUGUGAGGGAUUUAAAAUUCCUAUUUUAGGGGUUCACUUGAAAGACUUAAUUGCCGUGCAUGUCAUUUUUCCAGAUUGGAUAGAUGACAAUAAAGUUAACGUGGCUAAAAUGCAGCAGCUGUAUGUAACCCUUAAUGAACUGGUUUCCCUUCAGAGUGCCUCUCACCACCUAGAGACCAGCAUGGAUUUGAUCAAUCUGCUAACGUUGUCACUGGAUUUGUAUCACACUGAAGAUGACAUUUACAAGCUCUCCUUGGUGCUUGAGCCGCGGAAUCCUAAAUCGCCAACUUCCCCAACAAUUCCGAACAAGCCAGAUGUACCACUCGAUUGGGCAGCAGUAGUAACUACAAAGCCUGAUCCCAACAUUAUCAGCAAGCACAUCCGCAAACUUGUUGAGUCUGUUUUCAGAAAUUAUGACCAUGAUCAUGAUGGAUACAUUUCCCAAGAGGACUUUGAGAGUAUAGCUGCCAACUUCCCUUUCCUGGACUCUUUCUGCGUUUUAGACAAAGACCAAGAUGGACGAAUCAGCAAGGCUGAAAUGAUGGCAUAUUUUCUGCGAGCUAAAUCCCAGUUUCAUUGUAAACUGGGGCCUGGAUUUAUUCACAACUUCCAAGAAAUGACUUAUUUAAAGCCAACGUUCUGUGAGCACUGCGCAGGAUUUCUGUGGGGUAUAAUCAAACAAGGAUUCAAGUGCAAAGAUUGUGGUGCGAACUGUCACAAGCAAUGCAAAGAUCUGUUAGUAUUAGCAUGUCGGAAGCAUUCCAGAGGAACCUCCACUACCCGGAAUAAUGGCUCUCUGCCAAGCAGUCCAUCAUUGGCCCCAGCUCAAGAUGAAGUUUUUGAAUUCCCAUCAAGUGGAAGAGAACAUCAGGAUUUGGAUGGAAGAGCUAUCACUCUGGUUACUGGCUCUGUUAGAAAGAUUUCCGUGCGUUUGCAGCGUCCCACCACUAGCCAAGCAACCCAAACAGAUCCAGUGUGGCCUGAUUCUGCCUGGAGUGACAGCGGAUCUCAUACAUUUCCGAAAAUGAAAUGCAAGUUCUAUGGAAAGUCUUCAAAAAACAAAGCAUUUGCCAAAUGGGAGAAUGAAAACUCAAGCUUGGAAAGCAACAUGGACAUUCUUGAAGUAUACACUACUGAAAAUACCCCAGAGCAGACUGAAAUACAAACCAAGGAGGAGAUACAAAAGUAUGAGGAUAGCUGAUUUACUCUUUCUUUCCGUGGAUGUCCUGUGAAGACAAUACCUUUGGCUGGAAGAAGACAUAAGCAAUUGUAUUGAAUGAUCUGAAAUCUUCUUGGCAAUAUUUGUUGCCCCCAUGCCUGUAACAAUGCACUAUUUCUUCUCUAGUACCAGGAACAUGCCUCGCCUUCCACCACUAACUACAUUAGGAGUGGAAGAACCUCAACAGAAGUGUAAUGGAUCUCAAAGAUAUUCACAAUCUUCAUUUUCUCUGUUCAUUAUUCACACUACAUUCCGUGUUUAAAUAAUAUUGUAACUGUGUAAAGAUAUGAAUGAUAUUUAUUUUUUCUGAGAGCAAGUGAAGAGGAAACUGCCAAGGACUGUUUUUAUUUUUAAUUCACGUGUUAUAGUCGUGUGCUCAAGGUAUUUCAAUAAUGAUAAAUAUUGAACAAAUAAUAGCAGAUAUGUAGAAAGGCAGCAGAGAGAAGACAAGGGUUUUUGGAAAUAUGCAAUAAAAGUGGAAGGUCAUUAGAGGACCAGUAAAUCUACUAGUUGAUCCGACCUAAAAUAUUUUUUUUUUUUAUUUGCUGGAGGUUACUUGUCUAGGCAAUAGUCUAUAUAAAACAGCAGUUAGGUCUUUCUCAACUGCCAUAGGGUACUUGAGGUUAUUUUGUAUACUCCCUUGUUCAACAUGAAUUCAGUGAAUAGGGCUUGUGUCGAACAAAGUCCUUGCAAGUACUUCCUGCUUCUUGCGAGUAAGAUAAUUCAAUUCACAGUGCACAGAUAACCUUGCUGGAUGGCUGGAUGUUGUAAAAGCAAAAUAAUGCUCCUUAGAAUUAAAAACCAAGAGCAAAUGGAUUUUGAAAUGAAUAGAAUAGGCAAAAUGCAUUUUAAGCCUAAAUUAUAUGUGCCAGUAACUGAUUGGUUACUGCCUGGUAGUGGA